CACCCACCCACCACAUGCUUGGUUUAACAAGCACGGGCCGACUCCCCAACGUCAUCACUCGGACGACCUACGGCGCAGCGUCAACAUCAACACUAACACCAAGGCCGCACCGCCCGACUUCGCCUGAUGUGACAGAUACACAGCACGACGUCGCGCAACAAUAUCACCCAAAGAUAAAGAUGUAGCGACAGAGCCCAAAAUGACUGUGCAGUCCAAACCAAUCCCAGCCCUCUACGUGGUCUACAUCCUCCGCAGCACCGUCCGCCAUGCCUCGCUCUACAUCGGAUCCACGCCACACCCCCCACGACGCCUGAACCAGCACAACGGCAAGGCAAAGGGCGGCGCAGCGCGGACGUCCCGUGACAGCCUGCGGCCAUGGGAGAUGGUCGGCGUGGUGUCUGGCUUCCCGAGCAUGGUCGGCGCCCUGAAGUUCGAAUGGGCCCUCAACAACCCACACCUCUCGCUGCACAUCUCCCCCGAGGAGCGCCUCUCCGUCUCGACGCAGCGCAAGCGCAACGGCAUGCCCAGGCGGCCCACGCACACCAUCUCGUCCGUCCUGUCGAACCUGCACCUCCUGCUGCGCGUGCCCAGCUUCGCGAGGUGGCCGCUGACCCUGCGCCUGUUCGACCGCGAGGUGUACGUGCGCUGGGCCAGGUAUCUCGCGUCCGACGGCGUGGAGCCGCUGCGGGCGACGCUCGAGGUCGUCACCGACUUCAAGCCUGCUGCCGUGCUGGAGGCGGAGGCCAAGAGGAAGGAGGCGGGGCAGCGGCGGGGGCUGGUUGACGGUUCGAAUGGAGAUGGGGAGGUCGAAGGGGACGAGGAAGGGCCUGAGGGUCCAGCAUGGGGCAUUCACGCCCUCCCUCUUGAUUACACCCCGCUGGCACCGUACCUCGACAAGGGCCAGGACGUCACCACGUUCGAGCGCGAGGGGGACUGUGUCGUCUGCCUCCAGCACCUCGAGCACGGCAAGGGGCUAUUCGCGAUAUGCCCCAACGCCGAAUGCGAGGGUAUGGGCCACGUGGACUGCUGGAGCCGGCAUCUGUUACACCAACAUGGUGAACAAGAUGGGGCGGUUUUGCCAGUAGAUGGCCCAUGCCCCAAGUGCAGUAGUCCGGUGAAAUGGGGUGACAUGAUGAGGGAGUUGACACUGAGGACGAGGGGCCAGAAGGAAGUAGAAAGGAUUCUCAAGAGGCACAGGCGUGCUAUCGCAAAGUCGCAACCCAAAGCGAAAGGAAAGGCUAAGGCUAAGGCAAAGGCUCAAGCUGAUGCUCCGGUUUGAGAGAAGCCUGGCCUGUUUGUCAUGUUUCGGAUUCUAUGUGCCGCCCGAAGCUCGAUUGGAGAUGCAUACAAUGAUACCCUGGGAUUAAUUGCGUUGCUUUUGAGGUUGGCACUUCUUAAUCAUAAUUGGUCUUUACGCCUGUCUCUACAAAUUAUUGUUUGCGGUAUACUUCCUGCAGGUGCAUUGCCUCCGACGUCUUGUAUGCGGAGGCAACGGUUGACGGCAAGAUGGCAGAGCUGUACACCAUAACUGACUGCCUCUCAGCGGUUGCUUGGUUAGAGAGUGUGAAUGGAAAAUGGCUAUAAG